AUGGACAACAGCCGGCGCGACCAACCAUUCUCCACUCGCACAACCAUCGCUCGAAGCUCGUUCUCGAUCGCCUUUGUUAUCGCCGCACUCAAGACGUCGCUUUCGGCUCGCACCGUGCUGACUCCUCGCAUGUGGGCGCUCAUGGCCGCAUUCUCGGCUUCGUACCUGCUGCUUGACGCCGUUGCCGCCUUUGUCAUCUCGCGUCUCGUCUACCUUGGCUUCCGCAACGGUCUCGAACGCAUCUGCGACUGCUUCGGCGCGCGACUCCAGGCCCGGCUGGCAUCGCGCUCGGCAUCGCCACAAACCAGCCUACUGCUGCUUGGAUCGACAACGUGGCCAUCGGGCGCGCCCAUCGUACCGACCACGCAGUGGAACGGCGGCGGUAUCGGCGGCACCAACCUCCCAGACAGCGUUCAGACACCGGGGGUGUUUAGACCGUACGUGCACAGGCAUAUCCACUCGGAGAGCUCGGCAGCUACAACCAGGGCCGCAGCCGGUAAUCGACACACAGCAAGUUUGCUCACCGCAGCGCAGAGGAGGGACUGGAUCGCCGUCACGGACCCCCAACGACGCAUCGAGGUGCCAGUGUACCCUGAGAUCGAGAGCCUCGUCCACGUGCUCGCAUACGAAGCGCUCGAUACGCGCGUCGGUCAACGACUCAGGAGCAUCGCUCGCUGGGCCAUCGGCAAGGUCGCCCCCGAAUCGCUCACUCUUCACUUUGCAACGCACGCGAGCCGGCCGGAAAACGCCAACACCUCUCGCAACGCCACGCUCCACACCUCGGACGCUGAAGCUAUGAAGGGCUCAACCGGCGAAGCGGCGUUCCCGCAGCUGCCUGAGGAGCUGGUAUCGCACAUCCUCGUGCUGGCGGCAUGUCCGAGUCUAUCCCCGCACGAGCCGCGAUCGUGUCCGACCAGUGUGCUGGUUCUUUCACGCAGGUACUACCAGCUCAUCAUCCCAAAGCUGUACCACAGCGUGUCGCUGCACACCCCUGCGGCAUUUCGAUCGUUUCGCGUCACGCUAGCUCUGCACAAUCCGGCGCUCGGCAAGCAUGUGCGACGACUGCAGAUCGGAAGCUCCGAGUUCGAUGCAUCGGGCUACUGUCCCUCGGCGCUUGCCGACCAUGGACCGCUGGCGGUAGGUAUUGAGCAGAUGCUGCUCGCAAUCCCGCAUCUGCAGGAGAUCAGCCUCGACCUGUUCAGCAUGGGCGCUCUCCACACCGGCACCGUAUCGAGGCUCGAGAAGGGUCCGCAGCCGACACGACUCUGCACAGAGCUCACUACGAUUCCGUACCUGAGCUUACCCACGUUCGAGGACCUGCGAGAGCUCGAGUUGCUCGUAUUCGGUAUGGACGCGGCAACUGCGCGCGAGCUCAGAGUAACACUGCCGCUGUUGGAGAAGCUUGAACUUCGACUCGUCACGCGCAGACGCGGGCCGGCAUUUCAAAACGGCAGAGACACCUGGUCUCCAACUCAGCUUCCCACUCUCGAGGGCGAUGCACAGACACAGAGGCUUCACGAACACGCAGCUAGCAAUGACGAUCAAGACGUAUUUCAACUCGAAGCCGACAUGCAAGACUUUAUCGAGGCUCUACAGCUGCUGCGCACCUGGCCCGCAGGGGACCACAGGAUGGGCAGGGGUCUGAAGGAGAUUACCGUCUUUGCGUGGCCAAGUGCAGUCAAGAGGUUGCAGCGCGUCUUUGGAGAUACGGGGAAGGGAGAAGCAACACCUAUGCACAUCGAACUCGAUCGAGGCUACUUGCUCGGCCCAAGGAGGGGCGCACAUGUGCUAUGGAGGAAGGAUCGAGCUAGGACCGCGUGGGCGGUGUAA